CAGUUCCCGGGUCAAAAAAAGUACAGAAAACGAGAAAAGGGGUUAUGCGUGAUGCAUUAAGUACUUGUUAGAGUAUAGUUUUGACCUGUAAUUGUUGAAAAUAAUCGACUAAGUUGAAGAAAAGAAUCCAUAAUGACUGCAACACGAAGGUUGCAAAAGGAACUGCAGGACAUAAGAGCAUCCGGUUUGAAAGCUUUCCGAGAUAUUCGUGUUGAUGACACAAAUAUACUCUCCUGGCAAGGACUGAUAGUCCCAGACAACCCACCAUUUAACAAAGGUGCCUUCAAGAUCGAGAUUACGUUUCCUGCAGAGUACCCCUUCAAACCACCCAAGAUUUGUUUCAAGACAAAAAUCUACCACCCUAACAUAGAUGAAAAGGGACAAGUUUGUUUGCCCAUCAUAAGUGCUGAGAAUUGGAAACCUGCCACCAAAACUGAUCAAGUGAUUCAAGCUUUGGUGGCUCUAGUCAACGACCCGGAGCCUGAACACCCGCUUCGAGCUGAACUUGCUGAGGAGUACAUGAAGGACAGAAAAAAGUUCUUAAAGAAUGCUGAAGAGUUUACAAAAAAGCACAGCGAAAAGAGACCAUCUGACUAAGAACUGUGAUUUAAAAAUAUCAGAAGACUUAAUUGUGUUUUUUGUAUGAAAGAAAACUCAAAAAGUGUAAAAUAAUUAGUUCGACGAAAACCUAUAAAAAAUGUAUUUUGUCUACAUUUAUUUUAUUUUGUUCACUUUUAUUAGUUUGCAAAACAGCUGAUUUCUUAAUAUUUUACUUUGCUUACUACUUUUCCUCACUCCUGAUGGCAACCGAGCAAAAAAAUUUAGAUUUUGUCUAUAUCAAUUGAAUAAUAAUCUACAGUAAAUGGUUUGUAUGUAGAUUAUAUCCUCUUUUACAUAUAAAACAUAAAAAAAAACAAUGUUUUAGUUCAAAAAAAUUAAUUAUUUGUUAGUUGUCUCGUACCAAAAAUUGUAGACAAAUAUUAUGUGUAAUUUGUUUUAUAAGUGUCGUUUUUCAAACUCAAUGAAAUAGACAACCUCGGCAAGCCUUGUGCGUCAAUAUUGUUCUCGUUUAAAAAGUAUCACUUUGUUCACUAGUUGCAAAAAACUAUUGUUGAAUUGCUAUAACAAGAAAUUAAUGCUACUUAUUAUAUAUUAGUUUGUUUCACUCUAUUCUAUUUUAUGUAAAAAACACAGUGAAAGUUUAUUUAUAUGUAAUAUAUCAUAAGAACAAUAAACUUUUAUAUAUAUACUAAUCGACUGAACACUGUUGGAAGAAAAGAGUGUUAUCAUAUCAUUCAUAUACUGUAACUGUAUUUUAUAUUGUAUUUUCAGUCAUUUCAGGAUUUCAUACUACUUUAUUACUGAACUAUUUUUUUAUAAUCAAUUAUAAUAAAUAAUUUUUUUUUAGUACCAUUUAUCCAUCUUGUUCUAAAGUUUUGAUCACAACAUUUAGAUUUAUCACAGAAUAUUUCAGAAUUAUUUUAUGUAACCUUACAAAACAUGUAUCGAGAGUGCUUUGGAUGACUUUCCAGGUUUUUGUAUUCCAUAAUAUAUAUUGUUAAUGUAUAAUUUACUUCGUUGAAAAAGUUUAUAUUACUUGACUGAAGUUAAUAUGAACUUGAUGCUAUUGUAUUUUUGUUUGACGUUAUACCGUUGAAUUGCAUCGAUUAGUUCAAGAAUUGUCUUUAAUAAACCACUUAAUAUAAAUGUUAA